AUGGUCCUCCUAACCACCACCCCUCUAAUCCUCGAAACCAUUUCCACCCUCCCUCCCAACUCAACUUUCCACUCCCAGUACCCGUCGUCCCCAUCCACCCCAUCCACACCAGCCAACUCAAUUUCCCACAAUGCACUCAUCACUCUCUCAAAACACAGCGGCAAGACUCUAAACACCCUCCUCCGCGGAACAAGCAUCUACAAACCUCCGCCAGAGCCGAAACCCGAACCAUCAGAGGAAUACAAGGCUCUAAUGGAAAGAUUGCGCGUCGAGCAGGAACGAAAGGAAUACAAUCUGCUUAUUAAACAGCGCGAGGAACAAUCACAGCAGGCUCUGUCAGGGAAGAUCGGUGUCGAGGACGAAGAUGGUUCAGACGAUAUUUCGCCUUCACUCGUGCUGAAUAUGUCUCUCAGUGUGGCCAUGUGCGCGUGGGUCGCGUGGCAUGUCACGAGAUGGUGGCCAAAUGAUGGCAUCAGGGUACUAGUGGCUUUGGGGACUGCACUGGUUGUGGGCAUUGCGGAAGUUGCUGUUUACGCUGCGUAUUUGAGGAAGGUGGAGGAAAGCCGGCGGAAGGAACGGCGCAAAAGAGAGAAGAAAGAAGUCAUUGGCGAGUAUACCGACGAAGGUGAUGCUGUUGAUGCAUGGGGAUCACGAGGCGGAAAGGUUUCCACAGACGACACCGAAGUUGAGCAAAGUGAGAUCUGGGGUCGAGGUGUGCAUGGAGGCAUGAGAAGAAGAGUUAGGGAGAAAUGGGAAAGAGAGCAGGAGGCUCUGGUCAGCAAAGAGUGA